UCAUUGUGAUUCUUGAACUUCAUUAUAAGAUGUUUUCAGGUUCAUCAAAUGUUUCAAACAAGCAUUCAGCUUGCUAGGAGGAGCAUGAGAUGCAGUUUCAUUAGUGAAGCAGUUCUAAAUUUUAGGGGGUUUGGCUCUUAUCACUUCUUUAUCUUACACGUAGCAAGAUAAACAGGAAAUUACUUGUGUAAUUCAAAACAAUUUUACUCAAAAUUCAUAAAUGGAAUUGUCUUUCAGGCAGAGAUGAAGCCUGGGAAAUCAUCACAUCUGAAGGAUUUACUUGGAGGAAAAGAUCACUGACUUCUACAAUGGAAAAAUCAUGGAUGCUUUGGACCUUUGUUAAAAGAUGGCUACUAGCUUUGGCUUCCUGGUCUUGGAGUCUCUGCCGUAUUUGUCUUUUGCCCUUGAUAGUGACCUUUCACUUGUACGGAGGCAUUAUACUCCUUAUAUUAAUAUUUGUCUCGAUAGCGGGUAUAUUAUAUAAAUUCCAGGAUGUCCUGCUUUACUUUCCUGAACAGCCCUCUUCAUCACGCCUUUAUGUUCCUAUGCCUACUGGUAUACCACAUGAAAACAUCUUCAUCAAAACCAAAGAUGGAGUUCUUCUCAAUCUUAUUCUGCUGAGAUACACGGGGGACAAUGCAGCGUAUUCUCCAACCAUCAUUUACUUUCAUGGAAAUGCAGGCAACAUUGGCCACAGGUUGCCGAAUGCUUUGUUAAUGCUGGUAAACCUGAAAGUAAACUUAAUUCUGGUCGAUUAUAGAGGGUAUGGCAAAAGCGAAGGAGAAGCGAGCGAAGAAGGCUUGUACUUAGAUUCUGAGGCUGUCUUAGACUAUGUGAUGACUCGGUCUGAUCUUGAUAAAACAAAAAUUUUUCUUUUUGGCCGUUCCUUGGGGGGAGCAGUAGCUAUUCACUUAGCUUCUGAAAAUUCCCAUAGGAUUUCUGCCAUCGUGGUGGAGAACACCUUUCUUAGCAUCCCAUACAUGGCCAGCACUUUGUUCUCUUUCUUUCCGAUGAGAUAUCUUCCGCUAUGGUGCUACAAAAAUAAAUUUCUAUCCUACAGAAAAAUCUCUCAGUGCAGAAUGCCUUCACUCUUCAUCUCUGGGUUGUCUGACCAGUUAAUUCCACCUGUUAUGAUGAAGCAACUUUAUGAGUUAUCCCCAGCUCGGACUAAGAGAUUGGCGAUAUUUCCUGAUGGAACUCACAAUGACACUUGGCAGUGCCAGGGUUAUUUCACUGCACUUGAACAGUUCAUCAAAGAAGUAAUAAAGAGUCACUCCCCUGAAGAAAUGGCAAAAACAUCAUCUAAUGUAACAAUAAUAUAGUUGAUAUUCUUCUUCGGUGGUGGGGUGGGGCAAGUACCUGCACUGUACCUUGAUUUGUGAUAAGUGGUAAAAGAAUGUCUGUUUUUAAACGUAUGUCAUGUCUGUACUUGCCUAAAGAGUGAAAUUAAACUUGAAAAGGUCUGAUAUUUUAUUAAGGUGUUCCAGAUAAUUUUUACAUUUGCAGCAUUGUAAAUGAACCAUUUUAUGUCUUUCUCAUACUUUUUUGGUAUCUUUGUCCAUAUAUUCCAUUUGUUUGAUAUGUACAACAGAUGCUAUUAAAGAAACUUGCUACAAAAGUAGUACAGAAUGUAUUUAGAACAUCGGGAGGCUCUUUGGUAUUCACUGCUGUAUGUGUGAGCUUUUUGGACAGCCAUGGUUAGCACAAUGAUUUGUUACUUUUAGAGUUUAUUUAAAAUGUGCCAUGCAUGAGAUUAGUGUUUUAUUUCUUGAAAUUUUAUAUUAUGCAGAGUGGGAAAUCUUUAAUGUGCUAAAUAAUAUAAAAUAUCAUAAAUGGUAGAGUAUACUUGCAGGUAUACUAUCCUGGGUUAUUACUGGUUUCUAUGGUUAUGCAAACUUACAUAUGUCAAACUGCAGCUGAAGAUGAAAAGAUUCUUUCCUUAUUUUCAUUUACUAUUUGUAUUAUAAUAGUGCCCAGAAGGUUGUAUGUGCCUAACAUCGUGACUUGAGGAUUUUACCCAGGGAAUUUCUUUACAGAAAAUAGAAGUAACUUUUUCUGAAAGAGAUCAGUGCAAUCUAAGCUCCUUUCUGCCUCAAGCUCUCCUCACUAAUGUACAGGCAAACUAUUUGUUAGUACUAGCUUGCUUGUGCAUUUGAGGUAGUAUUUCUUAAGGCAAAAUUGGUGGUCAUACAAGGUAAAAGUAGGUUUUUGUGUUCAGACUUUUAUGCUUGUGUAGUUAAAUAUUUGUUCACUUUAUUUAUACCUCCUAAAGAAACACAUUCAAAUAAUUACCGGAGAUAAAUGUGUAUAGUUGUUACAGUGGCCAUCAUGAAAAUGAGCAGAUAGUCCUAGAUGGUCAUAUCACGAGGUUCAGCAAGAAGAAAAGAUGGGGUCAUAACAACCCCAUCAACAACCCCAUCCAGCACUACAGGCUGGGGAGAGAGUGGCUUGAGAGCUGGUCAGCAGAAAAGAGACUUGGAGGUGCUGGUCAGCCCUGGCUGUAAUGGAUGGAUGUAGGCCUGCAGUGUGUCCCAGUGGUCAAGAAGGCUUGGCCUAUGUUAAAAAGUGUGGCCAGCAGGACCAGGGCAGAGACUGUCCUCCUGUACUUGGCACUGAUGAGGCCACACCUCAAAUCUUGUGCUCAGUUCUGGGCCCCUCACUACAAGAAUGAUAUUGAGGUGCUGGAGCAAGUC